AUGUCUAUAUUUGGGGCAAUAUGUACCAUUCCCUUGCCGGAGACGGCCAAGAGGGAUUUACCAGAAACAAUUGCAGAUGCUGAAAAAUUUCCCCUGCAUUGUAACGGAAAGAGUUUGAAACAACGGCGAUCUUUGUCAUUCGAGCCUGAAGUCCGGCUUGUGGGUGGGUCUCACGCCGCAGAGGGACGUGUCGAGGUUCGUCAGGGAAGCGGUAACUGGGGCACUGUCUGUGAUGACAGCUGGGAUAGCAACGAUGCCGCCGUGGUCUGCAGAAUGCUUGGUUACGAUGCAAGCAAUGCAAUCGCCUACAGUCGAGCUCACUUUGGCCAAGGAAGCGGGGACAUACACUUGGACAACGUCGCCUGCACGGGGACAGAGUCCUCACUUGCCAGUUGUUCCUCGAACGCCUGGGAUAGCCAUAACUGCGCCCACAGUGAAGACGCUGGAGUGCAGUGUCAGACCACUACGACAAAUGAGGUAAGAUUGGUGGGUGGUGCUCAUGACGGUGAGGGAAGAGUGGAGGUCCUCCAUAACGGCGAAUGGGGCACUGUCUGUGAUGACAGCUGGGAUGACAACGAUGCUGCUGUGGUCUGCAGAAUGCUUGGUUACAACCCCGACGACGCCGUUUCCUUUUCACGCGCUCAAUUCGGCCAAGGCACUGGAUCCAUUCUUAUGGAUAAUGUCGCCUGCGGUGGAAGUGAGGCCUCUAUUGAAGCUUGCGGACAUAAUGGUUGGAGCUCACACAACUGUGCUCACUCUGAGGAUGCUGGUGUCAGUUGUGUGGCUGCAGAACCUACUACGACACCUCCAGCACUGCCUGUUGAAGUAAGAUUGGUGGGUGGUACUCAUGACGGUGAGGGAAGAGUUGAGGUCCUCCAUAACGGCGAAUGGGGCACUGUCUGUGAUGACAGCUGGGAUGACAACGAUGCUGCUGUGGUCUGCAGAAUGCUUGGUUACAACCCGGACGACGCCCUUCCUUUUUCACGCGCUCAUUUCGGCCAAGGUACUGGAUCCAUUCUUAUGGAUAACGUUGCCUGCGGUGGAAGUGAGGCCUCUAUUGAAGCUUGCGGGCAUAACGGUUGGAGCUCACACAACUGUGCUCACUCUGAGGAUGCUGGUGUCAGUUGUGUGGGGCUAUUAAACAUAAGAUUGGUGGGUGGUACUCUUGACGGUGAGGGAAGAGUUGAGGUCCUCCAUAACGGCGAAUGGGGCACUGUCUGUGAUGACAGCUGGGAUGACAACGAUGCCGCUGUGGUCUGCAGAAUGCUUGGUUACAAUCCCGACGACGCAGUUUCCUUUUCUCGCGCUCAUUUCGGCCAAGGUACCGGUUCAAUCCUUAUGGAUAAUGUCGCCUGUGAUGGAAGUGAGGCCUCUAUCGAAGCUUGCGGACAUAACGGUUGGAGCUCACACAACUGUGCUCACUCUGAGGAUGCUGGUGUUAGAUGCUUUGUUCCAGAACCCACUACACCGGCUCCAACAACUCCUGCCCUACCUGUUGAAGUAAGAUUGGUGGGUGGUGCUCAUGACGCUGAGGGAAGAGUUGAGGUCCUCCAUAACGGCGAAUGGGGCACUGUCUGUGAUGACAGCUGGGAUGACAACGACGCCGCUGUAGUCUGCAGAAUGCUUGGCUAUAACCCAGACGACGCCGUGUCCUUUUUCCGCGCUCAUUUUGGCCAAGGCACUGGAUCCAUUCUUAUGGAUAACGUCGCCUGCGGUGGAAGUGAGGCCUCUAUUGAAGCUUGCGGACAUAACGGCUGGAGCUCACACAACUGUGCUCACUCUGAGGAUGCUGGUGUCAGUUGUGUAGCUGCAGAACCUACUACGACACCUCCUGCACUGCCUGUUGAGGUAAGAUUGGUGGGUGGUGAUCGUGACGGUGAGGGAAGAGUUGAGGUCCUCCAUAACGGCGAAUGGGGCACUGUCUGUGAUGACAGCUGGGAUGACAACGACGCCGCUGUUGUCUGCAGAAUGCUUGGCUAUAAUCCCGACGACGCCGUGUCCUUUUCCCGCGCUCAUUUCGGCCAAGGUACCGGUUCAAUCCUUAUGGAUAAUGUCGCCUGUGAUGGAAGUGAGGCCUCUAUCGAAGCUUGUGGACAUAACGGUUGGAGCUCACACAACUGUGCUCACUCUGAGGAUGCUGGUGUGAGAUGCUUUGUUCCAGAACCCACUACACCGGCCCCAACAACUCCUGCCCUACCUGUUGAAGUAAGAUUGGUGGGUGGUGCUCAUGACGGUGAGGGAAGAGUUGAGGUCUUCCAUAACGGCGAAUGGGGCACUGUCUGUGAUGACAGCUGGGAUGACAACGACGCCGCUGUAGUCUGCAGAAUGCUUGGUUAUAACCCAGACGACGCCGUGUCCUUUUCCCGCGCUCAUUUUGGCCAAGGCACUGGAUCCAUUCUUAUGGAUAACGUCGCCUGCGGUGGAAGUGAGGCCUCUAUUGAAGCUUGCGGACAUAACGGCUGGAGCUCACACAACUGUGCUCACUCUGAGGAUGCUGGUGUCAGUUGUGUAGCUGCGGAACCUACUACGACACCUCCUGCACUGCCUGUUGAGGUAAGAUUGGUGGGUGGUGAUCGUGACGGUGAGGGAAGAGUUGAGGUUCUCCAUAACGGCGAAUGGGGCACUGUCUGUGAUGACAGCUGGGAUGACAACGAUGCCGCUGUUGUCUGCAGAAUGCUUGGCUAUAAUCCCGACGACGCCGUGUCCUUUUCCCGCGCUCAUUUCGGCCAAGGUACCGGUUCAAUCCUUAUGGAUAAUGUCGCCUGUGAUGGAAGUGAGGCCUCUAUCGAAGCUUGCGGACAUAACGGUUGGAGCUCACACAACUGUGCUCACUCUGAGGAUGCUGGUGUCAGUUGUGUAGCUGCUGAACCUACUCCUGCACUGCCUGUUGAAGUAAGAUUGGUGGGUGGUGAUCGUGACGAUGAAGGAAGAGUUGAGGUCCUCCAUAACGGCGAAUGGGGCACUGUCUGUGAUGACGGCUGGGAUGUCAACGAUGCUGCUGUUGUCUGCAGAAUGCUUGGUUACGGCACCGCCGACGCCACUGCAUUGAGUAGGGCUGCGUUUGGCCGAGGUACUGGCUCCAUCCACAUGGACAACGUUAACUGCAAUGGAAAUGAGGCCUCUAUUGAUGACUGCAGCCACAACGGUUGGGGAACUCACAACUGUGGACAUCAUGAAGAUGCCGGUGUCAGAUGCACCUCUAAUACACCAACAACACCCUCGCCAGUUGAAGUAAGAUUGGUGGAUGGUGAACGUGACGGUGAGGGAAGAGUUGAGGUCCUCCAUAACGGCGAAUGGGGCACUGUCUGUGAUGACGGCUGGGAUGUCAACGAUGCCCAGGUGGUCUGCCGAAUGCUUGGUUACGAUCCCGCUAAUGCAGUUGCAUUUAGUAAUGCCGAACAUGGUCAAGGAAGUGGUGGAAUCCACAUGGAUAACGUUAACUGCGAUGGAAGUGAAGCCUCUAUCGAAGACUGCGGUCACAACGGUUGGAGAUCACACAACUGUGGACAUCACGAAGAUGCCAGUGUCAGAUGCUACUUUGUUGAACCAACAACACCAGCACCAAUCGCUGUCCGAUUGGUCGAAGGUGCCAUUGAGGGUGAAGGUCGAGUUGAAGUACGUCAGGGUGAAGGCGAAUGGGGCACUGUCUGUGAUGACAGCUGGGAUGACAACGAUGCCGCUGUGGUCUGCAGAAUGCUCGGUUUCAGCGAUAGUGAAGCCACCGCAUUUAGUAGAGCUACCUUUGGCCAAGGUACUGGUUCCAUUUACAUGGACGACGUAGCUUGUACUGGCAGUGAAAGUACUCUGGAAGAAUGUUCCUACAGAGGCUGGGAAUCGCACAACUGUGGACACUCGGAAGAUGCCGGUGUCAGUUGUCGGAGACACGGCCACCGCAUUGGUUGACGGUGAAGUCACUCCAGGCAGUGGCGCCAUCUUCCUUGAUGACGUAUCUUGCCGCGGAGACGAGCUUUCUUUGGAUCAGUGCUACAGCCGCCCAUGGACCGUUCACAACUGCCGCCACGAACAAGACGCCGGAGUGAGAUGUAUACCUUUCGAAGAUGACCCUUGUGAAGCCCUUGGCUGCGGUGAGCACGAGGAGUGUGUCUUGGGAGAUACUGGCGCCACCUGUGAGUGUGUCGAGGGAUACCAGAGAAACGACGGCACUUGCGAAGACGUCGACGAAUGUGCCAACAGCCCAUGUGACUUCAAUGCCGCCUGUGUGAACACAGUAGGAGGAUUUAACUGUACUUGUAACGACGGCUAUAGAGGAGAUGGGCUCAUCUGUGCACCGCUCCCGUGCACCAUUGAUGUUUGUUACAACAGGCGAUUGCAAGAGACCUGUGAAAACCUGGACAACGGCGCGCACCGAUGCGUCGUGGAGUUGACGUGCGCCACUAAGUGGACGCAGUCGUGCAAGAAGGCACUGUCAAAGGCUGAGUGCAGCGUUCGUUGCCCGGCUGGAUGUUCCUCUUCCAACGGGAAAGUUUUCACUGAUGGCCAAAACUAUGCAGCACCUUCUUCCGUGUGUCUGUCGGCUAUCCAUUCAGGCGUUGACCCUGCGGCUGAAGGUGGCUUGUUUACCAUUCGCCAUACCCGGGUAGAAGACGCCCACGAAUACCCCUCCACUACCAGUAAUGGAAUCAAGAGCAAGCUUAAACGUACCUACAGAGGAGAUGCUUUCGUCGUCGCCUAAAUCGCCCGAGGUACAGACGUAACGGACACGGCACCAAAUGUUUUACGAUUAAGUACAAAAGGACUUGCGCAAGGACACUUAAACAUUUCCGUGGGUUGGACUUACAUUUAUGAUCUGCAUUGGGUCCUUCGUGGUUUCUACCAGAUAUGUAGUCACUGGCUUUGUAAGUAAAUGUUUCCACUGGCGCCUAAGGACUAUAAUGGUUCUGGUAUAGUAGACAACUUUACAACGGUUCUUAGAGUCUUCAGCAUUGAUAACAUUUGCUAAUUUCAUUAAUAUUUAAUACUUUCUAACAUGGAAGAUAUGUGAAAUGACUAUAAUAUAGCGGCACUUGCUGUGACGCAUGGAAGCAAUCCACAUUUAACAGGAAUCCUUUAAUUCGGUUGUUAUUAUAUAUUAUCAAUUAUUGUAUUAUUAUAUAUUCUAAAUGGUGUUUACAACUUAUGAGGUGGUGUGUAAUUUAACGUCAUUUCCGUGUAACAGGGGGGUUGAAUUCAUUGAACUGUCUUUAAAUGUUGAGGUUAUUGUAUUUCACUUUUUGUCAGUUUAUGAAAUGUUACUUCGGCUUUAAUAAACUUUGCUUGAGCAAGAA